AUGGACUCUGAAAAACAUUUCAGUGAUUGUGGAACAUUUUCUGAUCAAAGCAGCAGCAAAUCAUGUAAAUGUAUAGUAUGUUGGAAGAUCUUAACAUUUAAGUCUAACCUUGCUUUACAUCAAAGAACUGGUACAGGAGAGAAACCAUAUGAAUGUUUAGAGAGUAGAGAGUGCUUUAGUCAAAAAGGGAGCCUUAGGCUGCAUCACAGAAAUCAAACAGGUGAAAAACCAUUUAAAUGCAUAGAGUGUGGAAAGUGUUUCAGUCAGAAAGGACAACUUUGGGGGCAUCAAAGCCUUCACACAGGACAGAAGCCUUAUAACUGUAUGGAUUGCGGAAAAAGGUUCAGUUUUUGUGGAUCCUUUGCUGCCCAUCAGAGAACUCACACAGGGGAGAAACCAUAUAAAUGCAUGGAAUGUGGAAAGAGCUUCAGUAAUAGUGGGUCUCUUACGUCCCAUCAAAGAAUCCACACAGGGGAAAAACCAUAUAAAUGUAUGGAGUGUGGCAGGAACUUCAAACAGAAAGGGGUUCUUAGGUGGCAUCAAAUGAUUCACACAGGGGAGAAACCGAUGCAUGAAAGAACUCACACAGGAGAGAAACCAUACAAAUGUAUGGAGUGUCGAAAAGGCUUCAGUCAGAAAGGGGCAUUUAGGCUGCAUCAAUUUAUUCACACACAGAAGAAGCCAUAUAAAUGCAUGGAAUGUGGGAAAAGUUUCAUUAAUAAUGCGAACCUUAGGCGGCAUCAGAGAACUCACACAGGGGAAAAGCCAUAUGAAUGCAUGGAAUGUGGAAUGAGCUUCAGCCAAAGAGGGAAUCUUAAGCUGCAUCACCGAAUUCACACAGGGGAGAAACCCUGUAAGUGUUUGGAGUGUGGAAAGAGCUUUGGUCAAAAAGGGGACCUCAUCCGGCAUCAAAUAACUCACACAGGCGAGAAACCAUAUAAAUGUAUUGAGUGUGGCAGGAGCUUCAAUCGGAAAGGGAAUCUCAGGCUUCAUCAAAGAAUUCAUACUGGAGAAAAGCCAUAUAAAUGUAGAGAGUGUGGAAAGAGCUUCCGUCAGAAAGGAGAACUUAAGCUACAUCAAAGUACUCACACAGGGAUGAAGCCCUAUAAAUGCAUGGAGUGUGGGAAGGGCUUCAUUCAGAAAGGGAAUCUUAUACUGCAUCAAAGAACUCACACAGGGGAAAAACCAUUUAAGUGCAUGGAGUGUGGAAAGAGCUUUAUUGGUAAAGUGAAUCUUAGGCAGCAUCAGGGAACUCACACAGGGAUGAAGCUAUACAAAUGUCCAUAUAAAUGUAUGGAGUGUGGAAAGAGCUUCAGUCGGAAAGGGAAUCUUUUGUUGCAUGAAAAAAUUCACACAGGGGAGAAACCAUAUAAAUGUAUGGAGUGUGGAAAGAAGUUCAGUCAGAAAAGGUCCCUUAGCCUUCAUCAAAAUAUUCACGCAAGGGAGAAACCAUAUAAAUGCAUGAAAUAUGGAAAGGGGUUCAAUGAGAAAGAGCAUCUUAGAAAACAUGAAAAUAGUCAUGAAGGAUAG